AUGUCUACUUUGAUACAUGUAAAGAGUGAGAGCAGCAUCUGCUUAGUGUAGGAGUGUAGAAGCUGUGGGAGCCAGGAGGAGGACUAGGGCAUCAGAGACAUGGUGGAAAGGAUUUAGAUGAUAUGUAAACUUGCUCCUUCAAGGGACUGAUGUUUUUUUUUUUUUUUUUUUACUUUUCUCUGUGUGUGUGUGUGUGUGUGUGUGUGUGUGUGUGUGUGUGUGCGCGCGCGUGUGUGUGUGUGUGUGUGUCCAUAGAAGCGGAAGAGCUCUACCAGAAAAGAGUCCUGACAAUCACGGGUAUCUGCGUGGCUCUACUGGUGGUUGGCAUUGUGUGUGUGGUGGCCUACUGCAAAACCAAGUAAGUCAGCCCAGGACAGUAUAGGUCCAGCCAGGGCCUGUGUGUUAGAUAGACGCUAGCAUAGAGUAUCGGUCCAGCCAGGGCCUGUGUGUUAGAUAGACGCUAGCAUAGAGUAUCGGUCCAGCCAGGGCCUGUGUGUUAGAUAGACGCUAGCAUAGAGUAUCGGUCCAGCCAGGGCCUGUGUGUUAAAUAGACGCUAGCAUAGACUGUUGGCUCAGCUCCAGGGCUAUAUGAGAGUGACUGGGGCUAUUCUCCUCCAUAGGAGACAGAGGAAGAAGAUGCACAAUCACCUGCAGCAGAACAUGUGUGCAGAUCACCCCAACCGGAACCUAGCGAACGGACCCAAUCACCCAGGACCUGGCCCUGAGGAGAUACCCAUGGUAGAUGUGAGUCACACACACAUUGAUUCCCUUACUGACUUUUCUGUCGUCGAUUAAUGAAUGAAUGGAAGGGUGGAUGGGUUGUUUUCUGAUUGAUAUGUUCGUCUGAGUUUCAUAGGAUACAUUAUUUUACUUUCCUAUAGUGGAGCAUGAGUACUCUCUUGAAGGGUAGCGAUGUCACAGGUUAACUGCCAACAGUAACUAAACCUCUCCCUUCAGAACACACACACACACAGACACACACACAGAGACACACACAGAGACACACACAGAGAGACACACACACACACACACACACACACACACACACACAUGGUCAAUCAGUGGAGUUUCAAAUCUGUCAGGACAGAUUUAGCAACAGUCUUUGUGGUAGUAUUGUGCGUAAAGUUCAACAUGAUGACGGGCAAUUACAUAAUUCCCCUCCAUACCAUCUCUCCAACCCUUUCCUCUGUGUGUUUUAGUACAUCUCUAAGAAUGUGCCUGCAACGGAGCGAGUCAUAGGGCAUGGACCAGAGGACUCAUUCCCCGGCAGCCAUGCAUCUUCCAGAUCUCACAACUCCUCUACCCAUGCCCAUUCAUCCACUCACAGGUAACCCCUCAACAUCCCCCUCACUGCACACACCACAGGUAAAUGUUUUGACACACAGGAAAAUACACAAUGGACCAUAUCCUGGUUGAACCCUAUGUUUUGGUCCUCUCUUGUCUCAGACACGAGGAGCGGACGUGGAGCCUGGAGCGGACUGACAGUGUCCUCUCAGAUUCACCAGGCAUGAUGUCGUCCUCCGUGGGGACCAGUAGGUGCAACAGUCCUGCGUGCAUGGAGGCCAGGGCUAGGCGUGCCGCACACUGUGGCUCUACUGUGCCCCACCGGCCGGGCCUGCACUACGGAGACUCAUUUGAUUCGCUGGGGGACUCUCCACACAGCGACAGGUGGGAAGGGAACAGGCCUCUCUCUGUGGUUAUGGCACUGGGGCAUAUUCUAGUGCCCACCGUAGGAGGCCUCGUUUUACAGCUGGCUCUCUAUCAGCCCCUGGAGGCCAGCGACGGUACUUUGAAAGAGUCAAUGGCAAAUUCUUCUCUACCAUAGGCAGACAUGAUGAGAUAGGCCUGCUGUAGGACAGGCAGGUCUAAAAAUUGCUACUAUUCUUGUGUCCUGUUCUGAUAAAGGAAGGAUAAGGUAGGUAUAUACAAGUUAAGUUAUAUAUCCAGUUGCUGUAUUAAGGUUAAAAGUAUUUUGAGGGUAAAAUCUGGUCGGCAGGAGAGAGCCCACAGCCAGCUGUAUUUCUCAAGUGAAGAAUCUGCUGUGUCAAGCUUACUGUACUGUACUCCCCUAAAUCUGUAUGGUAGCUAAACAGGAGGCUGGAUACCGUAAGGACUUCAUUAAGACAUGGAGAGUAGAACAACAGAUCUGAUCUCUGGGGUGGAGCUCUAGCUAGCUCAGGGGUGGGCACCUCCAGUCCUCGGGGGCCUGAUUGGUGUCACAGUUUUGCCCCAGCCCCAGCUAACACACCUGACUCCAAUAAUCACCUAAUCAUGAUCUUCAGUUUAGAAUGCAAUUAGUUUAAUCAGCUGUGUUUGCUAGGGAUGGGUCAAAAGUGUGACACCAAUCAGGCCCCCGAGGACUGGAGUUGCCCACCCCUGAGCUAGCAGGUCUCUGGUGUGGGCUGUGGUCGUCAACUCUACUGUGAUCUCCGCCCUGGGUUGCUGUAUGCCGAAAGAUUGAGCACAGAUAUUAUUGUAGGGACACAUCUUCAUCUUCACCGGAGGUUUAGAGAAGUGUACAUAACUUCUAUUUAGUCAUUUUAGCUGGAAACCAAUGACCACACAUUUUUUUCAUUUAUAGAUGCCCUAUGCAGAAAUGGCCAUUUCCUGGUUGCUAAAAUUCUAAUAGGUUGCUUAAUUUCCGUUUAUGUGACAAAACAAUCAAGUAUAGUGGAGUAAAGAAUCAUUGUACCAUCUAAACCGCUGUGAAUUAUAUUUUCCCUCACCAAAAAUAUUGUAUUUUCAGCGGUUUGAAGCUGGUCUACAAAACCCGAAAGUAAAAGACGCAAAAACAAAACUUAAGAACGGGAAGCAUAGAAAUUACGUACAGUGAGGGAAAAAAGUAUUUGAUCCCCUGCUGAUUUUGUAUGUUUACCCACUGACAAAGAAAUGAUCAGUCUAUAAUUUUAAUGGUAGGUUUAUUUGAACAGUGAGAGACAGAAUAACAACAAAAAAGUCCAGAAAAGCGCAUGUCAAAAAUGUUAUAAAUUGAUUUGCAUUUUAAUGAGGGAAAUAAGUAUUUCACCCCCUCUCAAUCAGAAAGAUUUCUGGCUCCCAGGUGUCUUUUAUACAGGUAACGAGCUGAGAUUAGGAGCACACUCUUUUCUCAGCUUGUUACCUGUAGAAAAGAGACCUGUCCACAGAAGCAAUCAAUCAAUCAGAUUCCAAACUCUCCUCCAUGGCCAAGACCAAAGAGCUCUCCAAGGAUGUCAGGGACAAGAUUGUAGACCUACACAAGGCUGGAAUGGGCUACAAGACCAUCGCCAAGCAGCUUGGUGAGAAGGUGACAACAGUUGGUGUGAUUAUUCGCAAAUGUAAGAAACACAAAAUAACUGUCAAUCUCCCUCGGCCUGGGGCUCCAUGCAAGAUCUCACCUCGUGGAGUUGCAAUGAUCAUGAGAACGGUGAGGAAUCAGCCCAGAACUACAUGGGAGGAUCUUGUCAAUGAUCUCAAGGCAGCUGGGACCAUAGUCGCCAAGAAAACAAUUGGUAACACACUACGCCGUGAAGGACUGAAAUCCUGCAGUGCCAGCAAGGUCCCCCUGCUCAAGAAAGCACAUAUACAGGCCCGUCUGAAGUUCGCCAAUGAACAUCUGAAUGAUUCAGAGGAGAACUGGGUGAAAGUGUUGUGGUCAGAUGAGACCAAAAUGGAGAUCUUUGGCAUCAACUCAACUCGCCUUGUUUGGAGGAGGAGGAAUGCUGCCUAUGACCCCAAGAACACCAUAACCACCGUCAAACAUGGAGGUGGAAACAUUAUGCUUUGGGGGUGUUUUUCUGCUAAGGGGACAGGACAACUUCACCGCAUCAAAGGGACGAUGGACGGGGCCAUGUAACGUCAAAUCUUGGGUGAGAACCUCCUUCCCUCAGCCAGGGCAUUGAAAAUGGGUCGUGGAUGGGUAUUCCAGCAUGACAAUGACCCAAAACACACGGCCAAGGCAACAAAGGAGUGGCUCAAGAAGAAGCACAUUAAGGUCCUGGAGUGGCCUAGCCAGUCUCCAGACCUUAAUCCCAUAGAAAAUCUGUGGAGGGAGCUGAAGGUUCGAGUUGCCAAACGUCAGGCUCGAAACCUUAAUGACUUGGAGAAGAUCUGCAAAGAGGAGUGUGACAAAAUCCCUCCUGAUAUGUGUGCAAACCUGGUAGCCAACUACAAGAAAUGUCUGACCUCUGUGAUUGCCAACAAGGGUUUUGCCACCAAGUACUAAGUCAUGUUGUGCAGAGGGGUCAAAUACUUAUUUCCCUCAUUAAAAUGCAAAUCAAUUUAUAACAUUUUUGACAUGUGUUUUUCUGGAUUAUUUUGUUAUUAUUCUGUCUCUCACUGUUCAAAUAAACCUACCAUUACAAUUAUAGACUGAUCAUUUCUUAGUCAGUGGGAAAACAUACAAAAUCAGCAGGGGAUCAAAUACUUUUUUCCCUCACUGUACAUAGAACAGAUUUAACACUUCUUAGAUUUGCUAUAAUCACAUUUCUAUGUGAAUUUGGUAAGGUCGCCCAAAAAGGUACAUGUUGCAGAUUUAAUAUUUUAGUUUUUGAGUGUUUGAGUUAGUGAGAGUGAGCUCAUCUAUAGAUGGCUACAGUAGGCUAUAAUGAACAUUUGACUGAACAGUAGUGCCAGGCAGCAUCGCAGUGCUAAACUUAACAGGAUUACAGUGGAACAGUGAUUAACUUUAUUUUAGAUUUGCCUUUGGAUCUUUCAGAUGCUUUCUCCUAAAGCGUGUACUGUAUUUUUCCCUAGUGCCAUAGAACAUAUGAAGGUAGAGGGACUGUACUGGGGGAGAGGGACACUAGUCAAAUGGGACAUAUCAACACAUUGUACAAUAUAAAAAUAAAACAGCACCUCAAAACUCAACACAACACGCACCCUGAUGUUUUCCCUAGAUAUAGCCCUCUCUAAGGCUAAAGGUCACAUUAACCAAUAAACACAUUCAGUAACAUAACACAUAUGUAGAAAACUGACUGAAUGCAAACAGGAUGUCACAAACACCAUCCACACACAACUGACAAACCUCUGCACACUGACUCAACAACAUCUCUUACUGCUGUUUGUGGAUGGUGGGUCCCUGUCCCACGUCACUCUGUUAGACAUGACAUCUAACUGGGCUACUGCUGUUUGGCCUGGUCCUCUCCCUGUCCUUCUCCUCCCCGCUCCCCACCCUACCUUCACCCUCAUUACAGCUAUGUGUCGGCCCUGACAACGCCGGCCCGUCUCUCUCCGGUGGACUUCCAUUACUCGCUGCCCCCGCAGGUGCCUACCUUCCAGAUCACCUCCCCCAACACCAGCCAGGCCAUGUCCCUGCCACCCGCCGCCCACACCCCCUACCCCCUGGAGGACGACCAGCCUCUGCUGCGGCGCUACCAGGUGCCCCUGCACGACAUCCAGCGUCAGGAGCCUUACCGGCAGCAGCGCCACACCUACCUGAACGACAGCACGGGCAGCCUGGCCUCUAGUCCCUACCGCCUGGCUGAGGAAGAAGACUACGAGACCACACAGGAGUACCUCUCCUGCCUGGAACAACCAAAGAAAAGUGGGACAGGCAGCGGUGGUGGUGGGGGUCGGGGUGGGGGUCGGCGCUUGCGAAGGUCCAGACUGAACGGCUACGUAGCGCCGCGAGGAUACGAGGCGUCACGGGACUACGGCUCUCGCAGCUGCCUGACGGACAGCGAGUCGGAGGAGGAGGGCGAGAGCACGCCCUUCCUUAGUAUGCAGAAUAUGAACGCCGAGCCCUCCACCAUCUGCAGGCCGGCCAACAUUCGGACUUCUCAGUCGCACUCUUCGGGGCGGCACGGUGCACGCGGGACUGUACAGACCAGACAGACGCACUCACGGUCCAAACCGGACAAUGUACCCCAUUAA